AUGGACAGAGAUGAAGAUUUGUUUGCUAGGAUAAACGAGGAGGAGAUGGAGGCGGAUGUCGACCAGGCAGUAAAGAACUAUGAAAUACCAGAGAUAAGGGUAAUAGAGGAGUUCAUUCUAUCCCAUGAUAAGCUGUUUCAAGAUAUCGAGAAGCUCAACAACUAA